AUGAUGCUGAAUCAAUAUUCAGUGUUUAUAUUUCGCCUUUAUGAUUCUAGGGAUUGGCAAAUGAAGCGUGCUUUCCAAGCUUCCUUAUAUUUACAUAAUCCUAAUGCCGUUAUAAUAUUAGGAGAUAUUUUGGAUGAAGGGAAAUGGGCUACAAAUGAUGAUUUCAGCCAUUUGGUGGGAAGAUUUCGCGAUAUUUUUCAUCAUGAUAAAACGAAAACAUUAGUUAAAACCGUUGUUGGCAAUCAUGAUAUUGGGUUUCAUUAUGCCACUAAUGAGUUUUUGAAUAAUCGAUUUCACCGGGAUGUUGGAGACAAUAUUUAUACACCGCCUAUUUAUCUGUGGUCCUUCUUUGGCAUCCAUUUCGUUAUUGCAAACAGUAUCGCUUUUGAAGGUGACAAUUGUGAUUUAUGCUUUGAAGCCAAUUUCAUAUUAAAAUCGAUUGCGAGAUAUCUUGAUUGUUUGAAGAUAUCUACUCCAUCUAAUACCAAGAGUUGUUAUUCCAAGGAACUUGGUAUGGGCCUUUCUGACAAAUUCCCAUACAUUGAUGUUGACCUUAAUGAUCCAUCUUCUUUCGUCUAUUCACGUCCGGUUAUUUUACAACAUUUCCCCCUAUAUCGCACUUCUGAUAGUGGAUGCUCUACAAAACCAAUGGAUGCUAUGCCUAAACACUUGAGAAAAACUGUAAACAGACCGAAACUUGAUUGUCUGUCAAAAGAGGCAACAAAACAAUUACUGGAAUCUCUUCGUCCACGACUAAUACUAUCUGGUCAUACACAUUACUCAUGUAAAAUGUCACAUCGAUUCGGUAACCAAUCGGAUUCUGCUGUGGAAUGGUCAGUUGCUAGCUUCUCUUGGAGAAAUCUCGCAAAUCCUGGAUUUCUAAUGCUUUCAAUAACGUCCACAAAUUAUUCAGUAAAUAAAUGUUAUCUCCCAACUGAGUUGCGUUUAUUACAAAUUUAUAUUUCCGGUAUUCUACUCAUACUUUUUGUUGUCACGUAUCAAAAGUUAAUACCAUAUUUCGUUUAA